CCUCUCAUAUCAUAAAUAACUGAAUCCAGUUCCCUUUAUUCCCAAAAUAUUAAUAUGACUAAAUUAUUUUUACCCAUCUCUGUAAUUAAGACCAUAAAGGAUCAGUCACCCAAGUCCCUGGCUGUCUCUUUAUUCAUUAAAAGUGACAACCUCAUGGAGUAUGUGGAAAGGAUUUCAGCUUUCAAGAGCACAUAUUUUACCCUUUCUUCCAGCAAAUUUGGAUGAAUCCAAAAGCAUUUUAGUAUCCCCUGGUCGAUCAUAGAACAUUCAGAUAGACUUUGAGAGACUGGUUUGUGAGAUUAGAUGAGCUUCAUGUCAAGCAAUGCAAUCGCUAUUUUGUUCUUGUUUCUGAAGAUCUAUAUGUUUCAGGCCAUUUCUGCCUUGAAUCAAGAAGGUCUGUCUCUCCUUUCAUGGCUUUCAGCCUUCAAUUCAUCUUCCUCUGCUAUAUUCUUCUCUUCGUGGAAUCCAAACGACCAUAAUCCAUGCAAAUGGGAUUAUAUCCAAUGUUCCACCGAUGGGUUUGUUUCGGAAAUCACAAUAACAUCCAUCAACCUUCACACCGGCUUCCCCAAUCAGCUCCUCUCCUUCAACCAUCUCAUUGCUCUUGUCCUUUCAAAUGCAAACCUCACUGGAGAAAUCCCACCUUCAAUAGGAAACAUGUCAUCACUGACCACCUUGGACCUUGGUUAUAAUGCUCUAUCAGGGAACAUCCCGGCAGAAGUAGGAAAGCUACACAAGUUGCAGGUAUUGUCACUGAAUUCAAAUUCCUUACGGGGUCCAAUUCCAAUAGAAAUCGGAAAUUGCUCAAACCUUGAAGAGCUCGAAUUGUUUGAUAACCAGCUCUCUGGAAGGAUUCCUUCAGAAGUCAGGAAGUUGUCAGGUCUGGAAGUAUUUCGUGCAGGUGGAAAUCUGGGAAUUCAUGGUGAAAUCCAAACGCUCAUAUCACACUGUAAAAGACUAGUUUUUCUUGGUCUUGCAGAAACUGGUAUUUCGGGGCAGAUUCCACACAGCUUGGGAGAACUUGAGAAUCUCAAGACUCUUUCCAUCUACACAACCAAUAUCACGGGCCAAAUCCCACCAGAAAUUGGCAAUUGCUCAUCCUUGGAGAACUUGUUUCUUCAUGAAAACCAGCUGUCGGGAAAGUUUCCUGAUAAAUUGAGUAUGUUAAAAAGCCUCAAAAGGUUGUUAUUAUGGCAGAACAGUCUAAGUGGAAGCAUGCCAGAAACUCUUGGAAACUGUUCAAGUUUGGUGGUUAUAGACUUUUCAUCAAAUUCCCUCAGUGGUGAGCUUCCUGUGUCGCUUGCAAAUUUAGUAACAUUGGAGGAGCUUCUUGUGCCUAAUAACAAUCUUUCUGGCACAAUACCAUCAUUUAUAGGCAACUUUUCCAGUCUGAAGCAACUCGAAUUGGACAACAACAGACUUUUUGGUGAGAUUCCGCCGGCCAUCGGGCAACUGAAAGAACUUUCUCAGUUUUUUGCUUGGCAGAAUCAGCUUCAAGGAAGAAUACCAACUGAGUUAGCCAACUGUGAGAAACUUCAAGCAGUAGAUCUUUCACACAAUAUGCUCACCGGAUCAAUUCCAAGCUCUCUAUUCAAUCUCAAGAACUUAACCCAAUUGUUGUUGAUAUCAAAUAGAAUCUCAGGUGAACUUCCACCUCAUAUUGGUAAUUGCACCAGCUUGAUCCGUUUACGGCUGGGAUCAAACAACUUCACCGGUCAAAUCCCAUCUGAAAUUGGGCUUCUACAUCGUUUGAGCUUCCUUGAAAUGUCAGACAACCAAUUUACAGGAGAAAUUCCUCCUGAAAUCGGUUACUGCACUAAACUAGAAAUGGUUGACUUGCACGGAAAUACACUCCAUGGCAUGAUUCCUUCGACAUUAGAACUUCUUGUUGACCUAAAUGUUCUAGAUAUUUCCAUGAAUAAAAUAGAAGGUAUCAUUCCUGAGAAUCUGGGUAAGCUUACGUCCUUAAACAAACUAGUAAUCAGUGGAAACCACAUUACUGGUUUCAUUCCUCAAUCACUUGGCCUCUGCAGGGAUUUACAGUUGUUGGACAUGAGCAGCAACAAGAUCAUUGGUUCUAUCCCAGAUGAAAUCGGUCAUCUUGAAGGAUUAGAUAUUCUAUUGAAUUUGAGUUGGAAUUCUCUGACUGGCCCUAUUCCAGAGAGUUUUUCAAAUCUCUCAAAGCUUGCCAACCUGGAUCUCUCUCACAACAUGCUAACAGGAAGCCUGAUAAUACUGGGUAAACUUGAUAACCUAGUAUCUCUGGAUGUCUCAUACAAUAAUUUUUCAGGUCUCCUUCCUGAUACCAAGUUCUUCCAUGACCUUCCAGCCACAGCGUUUUCCGGCAAUCAAGAACUCUGCAUCAACAGAAGUGAGUGCCGCAUAAAUGGAAAUCUUCAUGGCAUGAAAUCCAUCAGAAAACAUAUCAUCUAUGCUCUUCUUAGUAUAACAGUAACAGCGGUGAUAUUGAUUUUUGGACUAGUUCUAUUAAUCAAAGUGCAUGGAGGCUUAUUUGGAAAGAACGAUGAAGAAGAUCAUGACUUGGAAUGGGAUAUCACUCCAUUUCAAAAGCUUAGCUUUUCCAUAAACGAUAUUGUCACAGGGCUUUCGGAUGCUAACAUUGUAGGAAAGGGUUGUUCCGGCAUUGUUUAUCGUGUUGAGACCCCAAGAAAGCAGGUAAUUGCAGUGAAGAAACUAUGGCCAGUGAAGAAUGGGGAGGUUCCAGAGAGAGACCUGUUUUCUGCAGAAGUUGAGACUCUUGGAUCUAUAAGGCACAAAAAUAUAGUGAGGCUUCUGGGAUGUUGUGACAAUGGAACAAUUAGAUUGCUCUUGUUUGAUUACAUCUGUAAUGGAAGUUUGGCUGGAUUGCUCCAUGAGAAGAGGCUGUUCUUGGACUGGGAUGCUAGGUAUAAGAUCAUACUGGGAGCAGCCUAUGGUUUAGCCUAUCUUCACCAUGACUGUAUUCCUCCUAUAAUUCAUCGUGAUAUCAAAGCUAACAACAUCUUGGUAGGCCAACAAUUUGAAGCGUUUUUAGCCGAUUUUGGCCUUGCGAAACUUGUUCAAUCUCCAGAAUCUUCAAGAGCUUCCAACACAGUUGCUGGUUCUUAUGGGUACAUUGCCCCUGAAUAUGGAUACAGCUUGAAGAUCACAGUGAAGAGUGAUGUGUACAGCUAUGGAGUGGUGCUGCUAGAGGUCUUAACUGGGAUGGAACCAACUGAUGGCAGGAUACCAGAAGGUGCUCACAUCGCCACCUGGGUUAUCAGCGAAGUUCGAGAAAGAAAAAGAGAAUUCAUUUCAAUUCUAGACCAACAACUAGUUUCAAAAUCUGGAGCACAGAUCCAGGAGAUGCUUCAAGUUCUUGGAGUUGCUAUCCUAUGCUUGAAUGCUUCCCCAGAAGAACGGCCAACUAUGAAAGAUGUAGUGAUGAUGCUAAAGGAAAUCAGGCACAAGAAUGAGAAUGUUUAAAAUCCAAAGGUUCUUCUCAAUGGGGUAGCAAAAAACCCAAAAUUAUCAGCAAUCCAGGGUUCUAGAAUGUAGUUCUUUGAUAUUUUUCUAUAAUUUAAAACAAAGAAGUAAUUGA